AUGAUUGUUUCUAAAGUUUAUUCCAUUGCUACUAUAUUAUAUUUAGUUUCGUCGCUAUUUUCUGCUGUUUUAGUCGAUUCGGCUAAAAUCGAGUGUAUUAAAGGUGCUUCCAGUAAAGAUCUCAAUGAAAACAAAGAAAGAUUUAUGAUUUUCCUUGAACCUAAAAAAGGAUCAACAUCCGCCGCCUCUAGUGACUCAGAAAUUCUUAAACAACAUUUAAAUUUUUAUAAAGACUGCUGGGAUAUAGAUUCUGCGCCAGCUUUGGAAGAAAGUGAUGGAAUUGCAACCAAGAGUUUUUCGUCGAAUAAAUUAUUACAUUUUUCAGUUGGUUCCCUUGUUGGUUAUUUUGGUUCCUUUAAUCCUCAAGUACUUAAAGAACAAAUCAAAACAUUACCUAACAUUAAAAUAGUUGAAAAGGUAACAAAAGUUAAAGCUUUUGCCGCUAUACAAAAAAGAGCUAGUACCGUUGAAAAGACUUCGUUUUAUGACUUGGAUCGUAUAGAUCAAAGAAAGCGUCCUUUAAAUGGAAAAUAUCAGUACCCCAGUUCAGCUGGUAGCGGUGUAAACGUCUAUGUGAUUGAUACUGGUAUAAAUAAAACCAAAUCAGAAUUUGGCAAUCGUGUUAGAUUUGCUGGUGUAUUUUGUGAUGGAUGUCCUCGAUUUGAUGACGAAGGUCAUGGUACCGAAGUUGCAAGUGUUAUUGGUGGCAUCCAUUUUGGUGUAGCUAAAAAAGUUAAACUUAUAGCUAUCAAAGUACUUGAUUCAGAAGGUUCAGGAACUUUUGAGGGUGUUAUUUCGGGUAUGAUGUUUGUAUUAAAGGAGCAUUUAGCAAACAAAAACAAAAACACAGUUAUUAAUAUUUCAUUAGGUGGUGGAUUUUCUUCAGCAGUAAACAAAGCAGUUAAUGAUCUUACAAAGGCAGGUAUACAAAAUAUUAUAAAGAAAAUACCAGUCACACCAAAUAGAUUUUUAUUUUUUCCUCAAAGUUAA